AUGUCUGUCCUCUACAAGCGGACUGAGCGUGAGCGUGACUGGGAGACGGGUUCGUCACGCACCGCUGGAGGCGGCGGCGGCAGCUACACUACCGUCAAGCGCUAUAAAGUGCCCGACCAUAGCCUCGAGCAAGACAUUUACGAGACGGAAAUGCAAAUGGUCCACCGCGGCCGCAAUGACUUUGAUGAGCGCCGCUCCACCCAUGAAUACAUCAUCGAGCGCGAUGCGCCCCCACCCCCUCGAAGCGAGGUUCGCACCGAGUACCGCUACAUGGAGCGCUCGCCCUCGCCGCGGGGUCGAGACGUCCACGAGUAUCGCAUUGAACGUCACAUCGAGCGCUCGCCUUCUCCUUCGCGACACCAGGAAAUCCGCAUAUCCCGAGACUACGAACGCGACGUCCAGCUAGAGCGCCCCAGAGAGCAUCCCUACGAUCUGGAGAGGUACUCUAGAUCCACCGAGUACUUUCGCCCUGAGCCCCAGCCACUGCCUCCUCCCCAGCCCAUCUACAUUCACAAUGAAGCCCCUGUCGUGCCCCCUGCACCUCAGCCUAUCAUCAUCCGGGAUGAGCCCCAGACCAUCAUCAUUCGCGAGCGUGUUCCGGAACCUGCUUAUGAAGUGGUUGAGCGUCAAGAGGUAACAGAAGACAGACAGGUUGCUCGCCCACGGCAAGAGGAAGACUACUACUACGAACGUAGGGUGAAGGAAAUCGACCGGGGCGGCCGACGAGACGAGCGAUACAUGGACGAGCGAGAAUACGGCCGUGAUCGCUAUGGAGAGAAGAACUACUAUAGUGACGACGACGUGUAUAUCCACAAAGAGAAGGAUACAUGGGGUUCCGAGACCCACGCCAAACGUGACGUGGCUGCAGGUGCUCUUGCUGGCAUCGCUGCUGGCCAGAUUGUUAGACACCACCGCAAGCGAAAGGGCGAAGCGCCCGGUGGCAGCAUCGGUAAUGCACUUGGAUAUGGCACACUUGGUGCCGUCAGUGCUGUAGCACUUGACCGAUUCAACAACCGUGAUAGAUCUCGUUCCCUGUCGUCGGAACGCGGCCGAGGACGACGAGAGCGCCACCGCAGCAAGUCUCGUCACCGCAGCAAAUCGAGGACAAAAGAGAUUGGCACUCUUGCUGCACUGGCAGGUGUGGGGGCCCUUGCUUACGCCGUGGGACAGAGGCAGAAGAAGAAGAAUGACCAAGUCACUACUGUCGUCGAGAGGACCCAUAGGAGCCGGUCCAGAUCGAGGAGAGGUCGGCAGCGGUCCAAGUCUGUGACUGUGAUUGAGUCUGAGAAGGGAAGAUCUCGCAGCCGAAGUAAGCACACAGACCCAGAGCACCGCAACAACCGUGCUGCACAAGUUGGUCUUGCAAGUGCGGCUGUAGCCGGUCUCGUGGAACAUAGGCGGAGCAGAUCGAGGAAGCGCGAGGGCAAACGAUCACCAAGCCGUAUCCGAAAGGGCGUGCCAAUUGCGGCAGCUGGCGUCACUGGCGCUGCUGUGGCUGGACUGUAUGAGAAACGCAAGGCUAAAAAGGAAAUCAGGGCAGCGUCGAGGUCGAGAUCGCGAUCGAGAUCCAGGUCAGUGAUUGACCGCCUCAGGGGCCGCAGUCACAGUAGAUCAAGAAGCACUCAUAGUGAACCUGUGUUAGUAGAGUACGGAGGUGAUCCAAUCUAUACGGACCGCGCGAGAAGUCGGGCACACCGCCACCGGCGACGAAGUUCCUCCUCAUCCUCGCGCGGUCGACACAGCAGCCAUGACCGCAGUCGAAGCCGAAGCCGAAGUAAGAGCCGCGCACGAUCGGUUGCGGAAACAGCAGCAGUCGCCGGUGUCGCCGGUCUAGCAGCUCACGAAGCGGCUAAGCGGCGCGAUAAGAAGAAGGCAGAAAAGGAGCGCGAACGACGACGCGAAGACGACUCGGCCUACUCCACAGGCACUUAUAGUCCCGGUUCCUAUGAUAGCCCCCGAUCCUCCACCGUACACCCCAACGACUCGCGUUUCUUCCCUGAGACAAAUUACUUUCCCCCGCCCCCCAGUGCUCCUGUAGACCACGCCACCACGACGCCAUACCCACCCUACAAUCCCGCCGACUACCCUCCUCCGCCCCAGACUGCCUAUGAGCCCCAACACCCUUCGCACUUUGUCAACCACCCUCCACCACCACCGCACGACAUGAACUAUGGAAACCCGUACGCCCCGCCCCCAGCACCACCCCAUGAUCCGUACUAUAACCAUGCGCGCCGAGGUCAUCCAGAUGACAAUGUGAGUGCACCAGCUCCUGACCGCUUCACACAUGCACCUACACAUGCCAAUAAGGCUGAGCACUCUACUCCUGCUGCGCGUGGUGCGUCGAGGUCGAUGUCUAAGCCCGGUGUGAGCAACGUUACUGACACGAGGACAGAUCGUGUAAUAGAUGACGAUGAGUCGGCCGCGAGCGAAAUUGUAGAGCCAGGAAGCCCAUCGACAAGAAGUGAGAAGACUGUACAAUUUGACUUGAAACCGCAAGAGCAGACUAUUCCUCGUGAUCCAUCGCCCGAACCCGAGCCAGCAAGAGACAGGGAGCGAAGCAAACGCAGAAACCACCAUGAUUACGACGAUGACGAUGACGACUACGACGAACGUGCUCGUCAUUAUGGAGAUGGAAAUGGCCACCGAGACGGCGAUGCUCACCGCAGCCAUCGUCGGCGCAAAGAGGAUGGCCGCGAUCGCAAGAGACAUGAUCGCCACGCGAGUCCAGACUCGGAGGCGGGAAGCGACACGACGAUUGAACUGCCCUCGCGCUUCGAUGAGCACGGGCGACGAAGGCCAGAGGAUCCGCUUGCGGAUAAGUUGGAGAGUGUGUUGCUGGGCUUGUUGCGGUAG